AUGUCGAACGUCUACUUUGAUAUUGACUAUACAAACCGCGGGCAGAAUGAAUCAUGGGGCCGCAUCGUGUUCAAACUCUACGACGACGUCGUCCCAAUGACCGCUGGUAACUUCCGCGCCCUGGCAACUGGCGAGAAUGGCUUCGGAUAUGCAGGCUCGGCGUUCCACCGUGUAAUUGCCAGGUUCAUGGCUCAGGGUGGUGACUUUACCCGCGGAAACGGAACAGGCGGUAAAUCGAUAUAUGGUGAGAAGUUCAAAGACGAGAACUUCAGCAUCAAGCAUACCAAGCCGGGUCUGCUGUCCAUGGCUAACGCGGGACCGAACACUAACGGGUCUCAGUUCUUCAUCACUUUCGUCGAAACUCCUCAUCUGGAUGGCAGGCAUGUUGUCUUUGGGGAGGUUGUAUCGGGACAGGACAUACUCUCGAAGAUGGAGAGUAAGAGCUUGGAUUCAAGUGGGCGCACGGACGGUACUAUCAAGAUUGCUGCCUCGGGUGCUCUUUGA